AUGAUAAGGUUGAAAACCAAAAACAGUAUUUCACUAAAUAAUUCACAAAUUUCUUCAAUAUCAUUUCUAGCAGCAAGUACAUCCCUUUCAACAUCAAACACGUCAACAACAAGAAGAAUAGUUAAUGUUAUACGAUCAGAUAUAUCUUCUAUUACAUCUUUUAAUCAAACACCAAGUAAUAAUAUUACUAUUUACAACAAAGAUGGUUUUGUUAAAUUUGAAAAUCAUCGAAAAUUUACAAUCGAUCCGAAUGAAUGGACGAUUUCUCAAGUUGGAAAAUUUAUUCGACAUUUAACAAAUGAUUUCAUUGCAAGAGCUUUUUUAGAAAUUGAUAUUGAUGGAAAAGCUUUAUUAUUAUUAAUAAAAGGUGACUUAUUGUAUAAAAUGAGAAUUAAAUUAGUUUCAUCAAAAGAAAAAAAAAAACUAUUAAAUGAAAUAACAAAUUUACAUAAACAUUUUUUUAUAAUGUUCUUCAUUUUGUACAAUUUUUUUUUGUUUAUUAAGUACAAAUAAAAGGAAAAUCUCUAACUUAUUUAAAAGGGUAUUGAAAUAGAAAAUGUUAAAAGGUUUACUUGCUAAAAGAUUGAAUAUGCAUAUUGUGGUUACUUCAAUAGAAACAAAUGAUUAAAUCACUAAAAUAUUUUUAUCAUCACAUCUUUUCACCAUUAUGAAUAGGAAAAAUGAUAUGAAAAAAAUCACAAUGUAUUCUAAAAUAUCUGCUAAUUAAAGGUAUGUUUAAUCAUGAAAUGAUAUAACUUGAGUUAUUAUUGUGAUUUAUGAUUUCAAGAUCAACCGGAAACACUAGUGGAAUGAAUUCAAAUUCUGAGAUUUUGCUUUCUCAUAGAAAAUAACAAAUUUCAGUUUCAUUCAAAGAGAAUUAUUGUUUAGAAUAAUUAUAUUCAUUUUCUUCUUGAUCUAAAAUCACUCGUGAAAGCGUUAUUAAAUAAAAACCUUUAGUUCCAAUUUAAAUCAAAUUAAUCAAUUAUUUAUAUGUGUUUAAAGGAGAAAUAUUUUAGAUAAUGAAUUAUGGUAUAAGAAUACAAAAGCAUUUGGGAUGUAAUUAUAUAUAUUGGGAGAAGAUCUAUUUUGCUUAAGUUUUGUUCAAAGAGAAAUUACGAAUAUUUUAAUUUUUGAAGAUUAAUUCUUCAAUGAAUUGAUUCAUAAUUUCAUUAAUAUUUUGAAAUUACAUUGGUUUAAAUGAAUAAAGUCAAUAAACUAUGAUUAAUGAUAGGAAUAAGUUUAGUUGACAUGUUCUUUUAUUUAUUUAUGCUUGUUGUCAAGCCACAAGUACACUGCUCUGACUGAAUCACAGCAUUUACAAUUACAAAAAAUAACCCCAAUCUAACCUAUAUUCAUAAUCUCUGUUCAUGUCCUGGAGCCACGCAUUGAUGUUAUGCGCGAAAUUCUCUCCAUCAUAGAGCGGUCGAAAUGUGACAUGUGAUAAAUGUUUGCUUUGUUCCAGUAUUAUUGUGGCAUCGUCCAAGUCUUGAAUUUCAAUAUCAAGUUGCUUGAUAUGGUGAGGUAAUUUCAAACCGAUAGUAUUGAAAGUUAUUAACAUCAUUUUCUCAGAAUCAUGACGAGUAAACAAUGUCAUUCCAUCAUAAUUAUUACAAAUUAUUCAUAUUGAACGAAGAUUCAAUGCUCGCUUAUACAGAACAUCCAUUUCAACAUCAAAACUUACAGCAAAGUUGCAUUCAUAUUGGAAAUUCAAGCAUAUUGUUUGAAGUUUCGAUAGAUUAAUAAUUGUUGAAAGAUGUUCAAUUGAGUUGAUAAAUCAUUCUUGAGUAAUCAUCAGUGUAAGUUCUAUAACAUAUUGAAAUAUAUAC